CUGUUCCAUGCCGUCAGGCCGUCAAAAGCGUUCUAACACUCGCCUCGAGUGGUCGCGAUCAUCACAGUUUAUGGUGCCAACCAUUAGCUUAUCGGUUUUACCUGCACAUCUCACGUAGCAGAUAAGGGAUUUUUCCAAAAGAUCCAUAACAUAAUGACGGCUGCCGAAUUACAAGGUUCCUAUGGAGGGUACUACUUUGGUUUCUGCACACUGAUCUCACAUGUGCUCCUGGCGGGGAUCACCGCAGCCAUUGUUUACAAGUGUCUGGUGCUCAAGUUGGUACACACCGCCGGACAUGCCUUCUACUGUACAAUAGCCUUUGUUUUCUUCAUGGGCGAGGCACUGCUGGUGCGAAAUAGCACAUAUCUGGAGUCGUGGAUGGGUCCUCUAAACCUCAACCGCCUACAUGCUGCCCUGGGUCUACUGGCUUUCGUGGUGGGAGUUGGCGGAAUCGGAAUCAAGACAUGGCAGAAGCUGGAGCGCAAACGUGAAGAUCCCAAUGCCACCGUUCAGCACUUUAAGAGCAAUCACGGCUUCUACGGUAUUGUCGGCUGUGCUCUUCUGCUCGGUAGCGUUCUCAGCGGUCUUCCGCUGUAUUUUAUUAACGGAGGCUUCACCUUGAAAACGCUCCAUCGGUUCUUCGGAUUGACUGGAUUUCUUGCCCUUAUGGUAUCGCAAAUGUUCGGGUACAACACCGGGUUCGGCAAGCGACAGUGGAAGCCACAUCACCAGAAACUCUUCAAGUUUUUCACAUUCAUCGCUACCAUAACGACUGCAAAUUACGAAUUUCGUAGAUUUGUACGGGAUAUUGCUGGAUUGGCGACCAAUUAUUUUAUUGGAUCAGAUUCUGCUGAGGCGAGAGAAGAUCUUUAAGGCUCUAUCAAUGAGCGAGUGUUUUUACUCUGGGAUAUCAAUACUUCAGGGCGAUUUGCGAGGAAACGAAUUCCGCAACUAAGUAUUGUAGAUUUAAUAGUCGCUGAAUAAUAGUGUAUGUACUAUGCGAAACUGAUUAGUAAAUGUUCAUUGUACAUUUUGUUUAUAAAAAGUUCGCAAGUAUAAUGUUGUAGAUACUAUUAUGUUAUCUAGUUUGUGAAGUCUUUACUUGUCUAUGUCAAUCACACUCUACUUAACCGUAUCAAUGGGAAAUAAGAAUUUUUUUGCCAAAACAAGAAUUAUUUUGAUUUUGUGCCUUUAUUGUAAUUUCACACAUAUAGCUGUUGAUUAUUUAAAACAUAAUAUACAUACAUUUUCACUUUUUUUUUUUUGGUAACGAGAUUAGUCAAGCACCACAGAAAAAUCUAAAACUACAUAGUUAACAGAAACAAUAAAAUGAAUUCCCUUUUUUC